GCAGAAUCCUACUAAUUUGCGAUAUGUACACAGUGUACGAAUUUUAGGUUAGUUAGGUAUCAAAAUGGGUAAACACGAAGUAGGAACACCAAAAUAUAUUGCUAAUAAAAUUAAGGCAAAAGGUUUGCAAAAGUUAAGAUGGUAUUGUCAAAUGUGUCAAAAACAGUGCAGAGACGAAAAUGGAUUCAAGUGUCAUACAAUGUCAGAAUCUCAUCAUAGACAAUUACUGUUAUUUGCUGAUAAUGCUUCUCGUUAUAUGGAUCAGUUUUCAAAAGAGUUUUCUCAGGGUUAUUUAAAUUUACUAAAAAGACAAUUUGGUACCAGAAGGGUGCCUGCUAAUCGCGUUUAUCAAGAAUAUAUCUCAGACCGGGGACAUAUACAUAUGAAUGCUACAAUUUGGCUUACAUUGACUGCAUUUGUUAAAUGGCUUGGACGUACUGGACAGUGUGUUGUCGAUGAAACAGAGAAAGGCUGGUAUGUAACAUAUAUUGACAGGGAUCCAGAAACACUUGCAGCGCAAGAAAGAAAAGCUAAAAAACAAAAAAUGGAUAAAGAUGAUGAAGAAAGAAUGAUGGAAUUUAUAGAAAAACAAGUAGAAAAAGGCCAACAAGAAAGUAACGAACAAUCUGAAAAUAUUAAAGAGCCACUUAAACGACUUGACAAUGAUGCACCUUUAGUCCUUAAUAUGAAAAUAAAUAAAAAACCAAAAUUACUUCCCAUUAUAAAACAAGAAAAAAUAGAUAAAGAUUCUACCAGUAAUGAAUCGACUUCCAUGAUUUCUGAUAUAAAGUCUGAGGAAUCAAAUAAAGAAUAUACAGAUAAGGAAACGAGUUCAGCAAAAAUAGAAAAAGGUGAAUCAAAACUUAAUAAUGAUAAUGAUAAUACAGAAGGAUGGUUAAGAGAGGGUUUAAUGGUAAAAGUAAUAACUAAGACUCUUGGGGAUAAAUAUUAUAAGUCUAAAGGCAUUAUUCAAUCUGUUGAAAAUUCGAAUUUCAUUGGAAAAGUCAAAUUGCGAUCGCCCGAAGAAGUUGAGAAUCAUGUUAUAAAAAUAGAUCAAGAGUAUCUAGAGACUGUAAUACCUGCUAUAGGAAAAGAAGUUAUAAUUCUUUGGGGAAAAUAUAAGGCAAUGAAGGGUAUUGUGCAUAAGCUUCACAUAGAACAUUACAGUAUAGAUGUAAAAUUGGAAAAUGAUAAUACUAUAGUAAAAAAAUUACCAUAUGAACAAAUUUGUAAAUAUGUAAGAUGAUUUUUUGAAUAAUGAUUAUAA